GAGGCAGGGCGCGUGGCAGCCAACCCGGAAGAGAAUCAACCGCGACAACCAUCGUACAUGACGAACAGCGCGCUACACGAAGGCCUGCUGGCGGUAACCGUCAGCGGAAUCAACACCGUCAGGUCGCCGAGAAACUUGUUGCCCGUGAAGAGCACCAAAGCCGAAAAAGGGCUGCAGAGAAGAGGAUGGAGACGGCAAAGGCUGAGCUUGCACUGUUUGAUCAGGUGAUGCAGAUUCCAUCGUUUGAGGAGAAUCCGUUUGCUGCAAUUGAGGGGCAUUUGAACGGGACGAUGGCAUUCCUGCAGCCGCAGACUCCCGACGUGGGGCGACGCAAACUGGAGGAAUAG